CUCAUUGGUCAGCCCUGACGUUUAAAUUCCAAAACGGUUUUCCCUGCAGAAGCUUAGCAGGCGGAUACGCGACUUCAGCGGCUUGUUUGAUUUAAGCCAUUUUUUUGGCCACCAUUUAAUUCCAAACCACUUUGUCAGCACGCUACGAUGAGCCUGGUGGACGUGAAUGAUGAGAACCGUGGGGUCGGCUCCGGGGGUAAACUCAGCGGUGACAUCUUCGCUCUGGAACAGCCGACAGGGAGGCCGUCCAUCCUGAGGCAGACGGACAAUUUGCCCAACAACAGGCCGGCGCAGAAGGGCAUCAAGGUUUGUUUCCAGACUCCCAGGAGAGACCCGGUGACCAAGAGAAUCGUGUCUCCUACCAAGAUGGCUAGUGUGGACGAGUGUGCCAGGGCACUUGAAUCUCUCAACUUACAGACAACUCCGACAAGAGACACAACAGAGAUGCCUCAGGAGGCCAAACCCGAACUUUCCCUGGUUGGCGACGACAUGCCGAUCCAGACCCGAGGCGGAUACCAGCUGGACUUCGACAACCUGGACACGAUGAAUCCGUUCCAGAGCUCCAAUAAAAUGCUGCUGUCUCCUGCCAAACCGUUGUCAGAACCUCCUACCAAGGAGUCCCCAGUGGUCAAAGCGGGCGUGGAGGCUGUGCUGGACGAUACUCUUCCCUACUCAGCGUCGGCUGAGAACUCUCUGGCGGAUGGAGCAGGCGUCAGCUCCACUGACAGCAGCGUCGUGACGGCAUCCGCUCUGCUGACCGCAGAUUGGACUGACGAUGUGGAGGUCCCGCAAGUGCCGGAGACCAUCGAGAGUGCAGCGGUAGUAGCAGAAGAUGAAGCUCCAGCACCCCCUAAAGGGUCCUACAACUUUGACUUUGACAACCUUGACUCCAUCAACCCAUUCCAAACUGGAGGGUCCAAAAUCCAGAACUCCCCUGUGUCUGCAAAGAAAGUCCCGGAAGAUGAGACGGCCGAGGUCAAACCCACCGCCACCGUCGCCCCACUUUGCUCCGCUGAACCUGCAGCCGAGGAACCUCGACCCGCUCAGGACGGCCCAGUAGUGCUGGAGUUCAACUUCGACGAUGGCGCAGAGGUCAAGAGGAAGCCGCCAAAGAAGCUUGGCAAGCGACCUCCAGGCCUGAAGGUCAAAGACAAGAAGCCGGUUUCUGAAGUCAAGCCAGUCCAGGAGCCAGCGGAGGAACCGGUCGGUCACGGUGCUGAGGAUGUCGCUGUGCCCAAAGGAGCCUACUCGUUUGACUUUGACAAGUUCGACGACCCCAACUUUAACCCCUUCGGCACCAAGACUGCGAUGACUAACUCCCCCAAGUGCGAUGGCAAGUCCUCUGACAGGACCCCGGUGGAGGAACAGCUGGAGACCCCAGCCCCUUGCAUCGACCGCAGAGAGCCGGCCGCAGCUGCCGCCAUGCCAGAGACUGAAGACACUUCUGAGACACCACAGAAGGAGGUCCAGCCAGAACCAGAGAAGAUGGUCCAGCCAGAACCAGAGACACCUACCAACCAACCCGAAGCAAACCUGGCAGACUUUGAGGAGUUUGUUCCUGGAACCACAUUCAUGAGCAGCGACCUGGACGGACAGAUCGACUACUUGGAGCAGUUCGGCUCCUGCAGCUUCAAGGAGUCUGCGCUGCGUAAGCAGUCCCUCUACCUGAAGUUCGACCCGCUCCUGAGAGACAGCCCCAAGAAGCCCGCCGGCCCGAAGGCUCAAGCUCCCACCGUUCACCCCAUCGUGUCCCGGCUGGAUGCCAGUCUGACCCAGGACCUGGGACCUGUAGAACCCCAGAAAGAACAACUCAGACUGAUCGAUGACGCCGCCGCUCCGCUGACUCUGGUCCCACCGUUCACCCCACCGCUGGCAGCUGAGGACGCCAUCAUCGAGGUGCUGCAGUACAGCCAGAAGGACCUGGACGCUGCCAUCGCCAGAGUGCGAGAGGAAGCGAAGCAGAGCGACGACCGAUGGAGCGCCAAGUGUGCCAAGAUGCAGGACGACACUCAAGCGAUGAGGAAAAUAGUUGCCGAGUUUGAACUCAUGAUCACCAAACAGAUGGAGGACCGGGAGAAGGAGCGCGAGGAGGAGGCCCGCCGGCUGCAGGAGGUGCAGGCGGAGAAGGAGCAGGUGGCCAAUGAUCUCAACUCCACAGAGCGCUCGCUCGCAGAUCUCUUCAAGCGGCUGCAGAAGUACAAGGACGUGGUGGAGGGGUUCAAGAAGAAUGAGGAGAUGCUGAAGGCUUGCGCUCAGGACUACCUGGCUCGGGUCAAGAAAGAGGAGCAGAGGUACCAGGCGCUGAAGGCUCACGCCGAGGAGAAGAUCAGCAACGCCAACAACGAGAUCGCAGACGUGCGCUCCAAGUUCAAGGCGGAGGUGUCGGCGCUGCAGGUGCAGCUGCGGCGUGAGCAGAUGAAGGUUCAGUCGCUGGAGAAGAGCCUGGACAUGAAGGAGAAGGAGGUGGAGGAGCUGACCAAACUGUGCGACGAGCUCAUCAAGAACGUCCAGAAGAGCUGAGAAUCCCCAUUCAUUGUUUGUCUUAUUUCUGUUUGUUCGACCUUUUUCAGUGUUUUAAAAAUUACUGUAAAAUCUAGUGUUUGAAUAAAGUUAAUAU